AUGGCUACUUCCUCGACGGAUAUUCCAAGCGAAAUGCUCGCGGUACAGGUCGUAAAGUACAACGCACCGCUGGCGAUCCAGAAAGUCCCAACACCGUCAGUCUCCAAACUCGGACCGCAUGACAUGCUCCUCCGCACCGCCGUCGCUUCACUCUGCCAUACCGACUUGAUGGUCCUUGCAGGCGUGUUUGGCUCGCAUUUACCGAUCACCAUGUCUCAUGAGGGCACAGGAGUAGUGGUUGCUAAGGGCAAUGCUGUGACGGACUUCCAGCUCGGCGAUCGCGUGAUGUCGGGAAUCUCGCUUCACCCGUGCGGGAAAUGCGAGAACUGCAAUCCUCCUGCCGGACAGGAUUGGAACCAAUAUUGUUUCGCGACAGACGGGGCGACGGGGAUCAAGUCCGAUGGGGCGUUUGCAGAGUACCACGUCGUGGACUCCAGAGCAAGCUGCCACGUGCCUGAUGAGGUGAGCUUUGUGGCAGCAGCGCCGCUUGCUUGCGCCGGGGUGACGGUCUACCGAGCUGUGUUGGUCAGCGGAGUCAAGUCUAGGGGAUGGCUCGCCAUUGUCGGUGCAGGAGGCGGGCUGGGACAUUUCGGAAUCCAGUUCGCAAAAGCCUCAGGCAUCAAUGUCAUUGCAAUCGACGCCAGAGACGAAGGGCUGGAAGUGGCUCGGCAUGCGGGUGCAGAGCAGGUUCUAGACGCACGUGAAGGGAAAGCCCGGAUUGUGGAAAAGGUGCAAGCCUUGACGGAUGGCAAAGGCGUCGAAGCCACCAUCAAUGUCAGCGAUCAUCCUUCCACGGCGGCACUGUCUGUUGCAAUCACACGUAUGCAUGGAGUCGUCGUUCAAGCUGCACAGCCGCAAGAAAUCACCGUGCCUUUCCAGGAUGUCGUGUUGCGCGAUGUCGCUAUCAAAGGCACAAUGUAUGGUGAUCGCAACACGAGCCAGGAGAUGCUGAAUGUGGUCGCGAAGAACAGCAUCAAGGCUGAGACGGAGGUGUUUAAUGGCCUAGAAGAGGUGCCGAGGAUGAUUGAGCUUCUGGAAUCCGGUCGCCUCAAAGGGAAGGCAGUUUGCGUGGUAGAUAAGAGCUUGGUGGAUUAGGC